AUGACACAGCUGGUUUUGCCUUACUGGUAGAACCACUCCUGGAAAACACAAUUAAUGCAUGCUAAACGGCAGCCAGCGGCCGUAACACUACUCUGGGGUUAAAGUCUGUAUGUAUUUACUUGACAACUGCAGUCCUCUGUUAUGAGACGACUGAUUGCUGCAACAGGAUGUUUCACGUGAAGAUUGGACCAACCCCCAAACGACGACUCUGCACCUUUACUGUUGUCCUGCUUCUGCAAACACUCUCCUGCACAGGUCAAUAUCAAGUAAAAUGUCCACCUCAGCCAGUUGUGGCAUUCACUGGCGCUGACAUCAUUUUUCCAUGCCACCUGAUACCUGCCAUCGAUGCUGCUUCCACAACUGUCGAAUGGACGAGACCUGACCUGAAACCCAGAUUUGUCCACUUGUGGCGUUCUGGUGAAGAGAUUCUAGAUGAUCAGCAUCCAUCUUACAAAGGAAGAACAUCUCUGCCCACUGAUAAACUGAAACAUGGAGACAUUUCACUCAAACUCUCCAAAGUGAAACUGUCUGAUGAAGGAACAUACAGGUGCUAUAUUCCCAUACUGAAUAUCGACUCAACUGUUGAGCUCGUCUUUGGUUCUGUCUCCUCACCUGGAAUAAACAUGUCCAAAGUCAGCGAUGGAGUGUUGUUAGAGUGCAAAUCUAAAGGCAAGUAUUUAGAGCCUGAGGUGUUCUGGCUGGACGCUGAAGGAAACCUCCUCUCUGCUGGACCUACUCAGACAGUCAGAGGUCCUGAUGACCUCUAUACUGUCAGCAGCAAAGUGACUGUAGAGAAGAGUAACAGCUUCACCUGUAGAGUCCAACAGAAGAACAUCAACCAGACCAGAGAAGCGCACAUCCAUGUCCCAGCUGAACUCUUUGUGGUCCAGUCCAGUUCUGCUGUUCGCAUCACCAUCUCCUUGUUUGUUUGCUUCAUGUUUAUUGGUGCAGUUGUCUUUAUUAUGUGCAGAGUGAGACAAAUUGAAAACACAAACAGGAAUGAACACAUGACAAGAAGUCAGAUGACGUAUUUGGGCAAUAGAAAGAAAAAACUUGAAGAGGACUUAAAGAAGAAGAAAGAACAGGAUGAUGUAAUAUACAUGAUUACAAAACUGACAGAGCAAAAGAAGAAUCUGAAGGACCAGAGAGAGAAACUCACAACACUACUGCAGGAGGAUAAAGCACAGAUGGAGGCGAUCAAGAAGAAUAUAAAUGACGGGUACAAAAUGAAGAAAGACACAAAAAUGCAGAAGGCUGAAAAGACCGAAAAGGAUCUGGAGGAGAGACAGAAAAAACACAAGGAACUGUUAGAGAACACAAAUGAACUACAGGACACAACAGAUGAUCUGAUUAUUAAAAUAUCAGAAAGGAAGGCAAAAAUAGAGAAAGAUAAAGAGCAAAUGAAUAAAACCCUGAAAGAGGUGGAGAAAGAGAGAGAAGAGACUAAGAAGAAACUUGAGUUAGAGCAGUCAGAGGAAGAAAGAAAAGUCCUGAUUGAGGUGGAGAAAGAGACUGAGAGGAAACUUGUUUUACUUGACAUUUAGUUCAAAUUACAACAUUUAGAACAUUUAGAUCUGUAGUCAGUAAGUUUAACCUGAUGUGUCCACAGUAAACCUUUGUCAGUUCAUUCUCUGUUCUUAAAUACAUUUAGGCUAAUUAAAUAUUCUGUCCACACUUACUGAGUUAUUGUAUUUCAUUCAUUGAUCAGAGUGAACACUGCCCUCUGGUGACAUGAGCAGCAUUUUUAUUCUUUUUCAAACAAAUUUUUCAAAUGUUUUAUGAUGAUUUGAUGAAUAACUUUUGACUCUGGUUGAAUUUCUGUGUCAUGUAUCAGGACAUGUAUUCAUAUCAUAUAGCAUAUCAUAUGUAAGUCAUUAUGUCAAAAACAAAUGAACCUAACUCGUUAUCACACAGGCAAUGUAUGAAUACAUGACCGCUUAGAUUCUGUAAAUUUCAUUUUGUAUUUUUAAUAUUUUAAUAUGAAAUAGAUAUCAGGUUUAA